AUGAAUGAAAAACAAGAAAGCAAAGACCAAAACCCUCCAACAUCACAAGACUCACAAAAAAAGCAACAAAUCAUCAUCAACACAACAAAUGAGAGACUUAAAAGAGAUGAGUGGAGUGAAGGAGCAGUGACAACACUUCUUGAAUCCUAUGAAUCAAAAUGGAUACUUAGAAACCGAGCAAAACUCAAAGGACAAGAUUGGGAAGACGUUGCAAAACAUGUUUCGUCGCGAUCGAAUUCGACUAAGUCCCCGAAAACACAAACUCAGUGUAAGAAUAAGAUUGAGUCAAUGAAGAAAAGGUAUAGAUCGGAAUCAGCUAGCUCGGAUGUUUCGGCUUGGCCUUUGUAUUCUAGGCUUGAUCUUCUUCUUCGUGGUACGGGACAAUUAGCUACGAAUGUUGCCACGAAAUUGCUACAACUACCAGCUCCUACUAGUGUUGCUAAUCCACCAAUAGUUGCAACUGCUCAAAACUCACAUGGAUCAAAUGGGUGUGAUAAAUUAGCUAAGGAAGGUGAGCUAGAAACUAAGUCAUCUGAUCAUGUACCUAACAAGAAUCCAUUAGAAACCGAUAGCAGCACGCCUGCGCUUUACAGCGAAAAAGGCGAGGAAAGAUGCAAGAAGCGGAGAAUGAGAUCAGAGAACAACAACAAUAACAAGAGACAAAAGAAAGAAGCAAUAGGAAUAGCAGAAAGCAUAAGGUGGCUAGCAGAAGUUGUUGUAAGGUCAGAGCAAACAAGAAUGGACACAUUGAAAGAGAUAGAGAAGAUGAGAGUUGAGGCUGAGGCAAAGAGAGGGGAAAUGGAGAUCAAGAGAACUGAAAUUAUUGCUAAUACACAAAUUGAGAUUGCUAGGAUCUUUGCAAAUGUUAAUAAUAAAGAUAAAGAUAAAGAUAAAGAUGUUGAUUCAUCAUUGAGAAUUGGAAGAAGUUAA